AUGCCCAUCUACGAAGGAAUCGGAUCUGAUAAGAAUUCUGUCGUCCUAGAAAUUGGGUCUGCUUUCACGAAGUGCGGUUUUGCUUCUGAACUGUCGCCCCGUGCGAUCUUGCCCAGCCAAAUCUACCUGCCGACGUUUGACAAAACAGUUGACAUUGUCGAGUUGCAAGAUGAAAAAGUCCUGACGAUUGCGCUGAAAGAAUUUUUACAAAAAAUAUAUUUCAAGUAUUUAGCCGUCAAUCCGAAAGACAGGCGUGUCGUUAUUGUCGAAUCAAUUUUCACUUCAAACCUUUUUCGUCAGAAGCUAGUUGACGUACUGUUUCGUCAUUUAGAUGUUCAAAGUCUCCUGCUGGUUCCGAAUCAUGUCAUGGUUCUGGCCACUUUGGGCAUCAACACAGGCCUGGUGUUAGACGUUGGCUACAAAGAGGCUACAGCCAUUCCAAUUGUUGAAUCAGUCACACUACUUGAUCUGGUAAAAUUUGCUCCUCUAGGCUCAAAAUCUAUUCACUACCGAAUAAACGACGAGCUUAUUCAACGAAAUGCCAUCAUCAUGGAAAAUGGUCAAGAAAGUCCCGUGGGCGAUUCACUCAGCGAAACUAUUCUUGAAGACAUAAAGAUAAAAACCUGCUUUGUUACCACUAUUGAACGAGGGUCUCACCUAGUGUAUCAAAAGUUGAGCGACGAAGCUAAAAGUCAAAAGCAACCCCCGGUAGAGUGUUCCAUCACUCGUCCUCCACCAGCGGUGCGAUUCCCAGUCGAGGGCAACAAACUUCUGAAAAUACCAGGCUCUCUGCAACCAGGCAUCACGCUGCAGGGUGAACGAGGUGGCGCGCUUGUUGACGUCGCUCUGCAGCAUCAGNGUGCUGGAAUCCUGGCCUGUAGCUUUGCCGAAUAA